ACAAAAAAUGGCCGAUAUGAAAUCAAAAUAAAAUGUUUUUAAUUAAAUUUUAUUUACAAUACUAAUAGUUUCCGCAAUAAUAGUGAAAUCCUAAUUUUCAAAAAAUAUUUAUGUGGUGAUCGUGAGGCAGUGUUUAUAGACAUCAUUACCAUUGAACUUUGUUAAAAAUAUUAGAAGUUUGAAGAAAAUACUUGGCUUUGUUUAUGAAUAAAGUAGAGAGAUGUGCAACUGAGGUCGAAAAGGAUUAUGGUCGAAAUAGUUGUCAAACAUCGAGGGGCAUCUCAAAUGGCGAGCGCGAGUCCAACAGCUGUCAUACUGAUGUUUGGAAAUCGCCAGAAUCCGGAAUCGCAGUUUUGUCAAUUUCGGCAGUCGGUACCGUGUGUGCAGCUGUAAAGUUACCCUUUCUCGUUUUGCGGGAUCGAAUCAGUUCGGUUGCAUGCAUCCGUCGCGUUCGUUCAUUUCUAGAGGCGUAGUGGUUUUCGGUUGGUCACGGUUGUGCUCCUCUUCGGAAGAGAUAAGGAGACAAAGUUUAGCUUGCUUCAGCGAGUGAUUAGAAGCCACAACCCCACGGCCGAAAACAAACUCCGGAAGCUUCCGUAGGGAGAUUAUACGACUAGAAUGACAAAGUUACGGGACGGACUCUUGUUAGGAUGUGGCAACCCGUUGCUGGAUAUAUCGGCAGCUGUGGAUGAACAAUUUCUUGCCAAGUACGAAAUGUUGCCAAACAAUGCCAUCCUCGCGGAAGAGAAGCACAUGCCAAUUUAUAAUGAGCUGAUUGAUAAAUUCAACGCCGAUUUCAUUGCUGGUGGUAGCGUUCAGAAUUCAUUCCGUGUAGCUCAAUGGGUGCUACAGCGACCGAAGGUGGCAGUUUUCUUCGGAUGUGUGGGGCAGGACAAGUACUCGGACAUUCUUGCGGAGAAAGCCACAAACGAUGGAGUGAAUGUUCAGUACCAAUUCUGCAAAGACACUCCUACGGGAACCUGCGCUGUGUUGAUUACCGGAACGCAGCGAAGUUUGUGCGCCAAUCUGGCCGCGGCCAACAGCUUCACAGUUGAUCAUCUUAAAAUUAAAGAAAACGAAAAAUAUUUGCAAAAUGCAGAAUAUUUCUACAUUUCUGGAUUCUUCUUGACCGUUAGUGUGGAAAGCAUUCUGACUGUGGCCAAGCAGGCGCUCGCUACGAAUCGGUUGUUUAUGAUGAAUUUGAGUGCACCAUUCAUUCCCCAGUUUUUCAAAGACAAUUUAGAUCAAGUUUUGCCAUAUAUUGAUAUUCUGUUCGGUAACGAAACCGAAGCUCUCGCCUUCGCCGAGGCACAAAAAUUUGGCACUACAGAUCUGAAAGAAAUCGGUUUGAAAAUUUCCGCAUUACCAAAGCAAAACGAAUCACGGAAGCGUAUUGCGAUUAUUACGCAAGGUAGCGAUCCCGUGCUGCUAAUCCAAGAUGGUACAAUUACUGAAUUCCCCGUGGAAAAGCUCGCCACGAGUCAAAUUGUGGACACCAACGGUGCCGGGGAUGCCUUCGUUGGCGGUUUUCUAGCCCAGUUGGUGCAGGAACAAAGCUACGACAUCUGCAUCAAGUGCGGUAUCUGGGCCGCACGGAAAAUUAUCCAAAGAUCUGGCUGUACCUUCGAGGGAGUGCCCGAUUUCAAGCCAUAAACAUGUGCAACUUGUUACGAACGCUUUUGUUUUGGAGGAUUUUCUCUACGUCGAAUAAAUUUCUAUUGUUGCUACCUUA